CCAUCCUGCUCACACACUUGAUUUAUACCAUGCUGUGCUUUCCGUCGAAACAAAAUGCGAAUACCUGAGUGUGUCCCCAGUGAGCUACCGAGUGGGGUCGAUAUUUUAUUCGAGUUGGCAAAACGGAGAGAUGAACGGGUUUACAACCUUUUGGAACAGGACGAACGUCUACUAAACUGUCGUGACGGAAAUGGAAACAGCCUACUUCACUGGUCCGUCUUUCUAAAUGACGCGUACCUGACGUGCUACUUGCUCCAGAAGGGGGCGGACGUGAACGCCAAGGCGCACAACGCACAAACUCCGCUAUUCUGGGCAGUCUCCGGAAGUAACCUUCACAUGAUCCACCUUUUGAGGAAGCACGGGGGGGACAUAUUCCAUACCGACGACAAGGGUUACAGUUGCUUAACCAUAAGUACUCAGUAUGGACAUGUUCUAUGCUUCCUCUAUUUAAUCCAUUUGGGGGCAUCACUCACACAUAGAGACCUGAACAGUUGCUCUAUCCUUGACUGGGCAGCAUACAACAACAAUAUAUUUUUCCUUCGUCUACUGUCGAAAGUUUCUCCUAACUUAUUUUCGAUCGAUUUGAAGAAUCCGGCGUCCACUUUGCACAAGGCAAUCAUUGGGAAUGCCUACGACGCGGUCGUCUUCCUCGUGUUGCAUGGUCACCAGAAUGUGCACGACAUCUCCACGGAGGAAGAGAAAACCGUUACGCAGUUCGUCGAAGAGCAUAAGGAUAAGGUGGACAGAAGUAUCUACAAUUUUGUCACUUGCAGGAAGGUGCAGCAGCUGUGCAGGAGGCGAGGUGGAAAAGAGGACCCAACUUUGUAUGAGCCCAGUGGGACGAUCGGUCCCUACGUCAUUUCAAGAAGGAAAAAGCUUUCCACCCUAUGCAAGAUCCGCCAUGCAUUCACCCAGGACAAGACCCUGCUGCUGUAUCCCGCCACGAUCAUCCUCUCCCAUCUGUACAAUUCGUGCAUACACUUCUUUUACACAAGAGGGGCGUUCCUGGGGAAGAGCCCUCUGUGGGAUGUUGCCCACCCAAUGCUAUUCAUACUUUACUACAUGGUCGUUUCGAGUGACCCCGGUUAUUUAGAAGAAGAGGGAAAUCCGGCAUGUGAUAUCAAAGCGGAUAAAAAGGACCCAUUGCAUCCCACAGACGUAAACCCCAACAACAGCACAAAUUUGACUUUUCGAAAAAUUAUAAAAAAUGUGAAGGAGGAAAUAAAAUUGUAUGAGGAAAAAAAUAAAUUAACCUCUUUCUGCGAAAUGGUAAAAUGGAAGAACAUCAGUGAAGUGAAGAAUAGCUUGCAGAUAAAGUUGGAUGCACAAGGAUUCGAGGUAACCUCCUUUGACGUGAAGAAGUUAUGUCCUACUUGCUUCCUCUUUAAGAACCUACGAACGAAGCAUUGUCGUUUCUGUGGCAGGUGCGUAGACAUAUAUGACCACCAUUGCUUAUUUACGCUAAACUGCAUGAGUGUAGACAACGCAAAAGUCUUCCUAAUAUGGAUCGUGUCAAAUCUUCUAUUCCACUUUUGGAAAAUAUAUAUACACAUAUUAUGUGUGUUUAUGAGGUUGGACUUCUUAUCGUCUUCACUAGUUUUCCGAGGAGUAUCCCUAUCGGUAGUCCUAAUAAGUUUGUUGCACUUGUAUUUCAUGGGGGUUAUUUUUUUAAGGUCCGUGCUGAACAUUUUGGAGAAUAUCACAUCAAAUGAGAAGUUUAAAAUGUAUUCCUCCAACACUUUUUUUUUGUACGAGUUGAAGAAAGACAAGAAUAAUGAACCCGUUGUGGUCAGAAAAUUCAAGAACCCGUUUGACAAAGGGGCCCUUUUUAAUUUCAUUCACUUUUUUACAAAGUCUAAGGAUCAUUUGUCUAACCCGGAGAGGCAAUUCAUUCGCGUAGACGACAGCGUGCAGAGCGCGUCGGUGAGAGCCUUCGUGGACAAACUGAAUGGGGAGCUGCGUCGGGUUUAUGCGAAGAGGUGA